UCUUAUUCGUUAAGUACCAGUUAUUAUGAACGAUCGAUGAUCGGUGUAGCGACUGAAACAGACUCCUGGAGCGAUCAUGGGAUGCGACGUGGCCGCGACCCGUCACCUCCCAAUUUCCUGGCCGUCUGGCCACCAGCUCAUCUUCUCGCCAUGCCCGGAACUAAUCCGGCUGCUGAGUCAUCCAGCGGGAUUUAUCUUGGCCACUUGUCACGCCAUUUCAAGCUUCGCCUUGCUAUAAGGCCACACCGCAGACGACACGCACGCCUCAGUAAGACGACGACGAGGGCGAUGGAGAAGCCAGCUGGCAGCUUCGGCGGGAGCUCGUCGGAGGACGCGGGGACGCCCUUGCUGCUGCCGGUGCAUCGCGACGACGACGCCACGACCACGGCGUCGUCGCGCUUGAGGGCUCUGCUCGCGCACAAGUACCCCGCGAUCGCGUCGGGGCCCGUGGCGUGCGCGGCCAUAUGCGCGCUCGUGGACCUCGGCGGCGCGCACGGCGCGGCGCCGCGGAACAUGCUGGGCGUGCUGGCGUGGGUGUUCCUGUGGUGGGCGACGGACGCCGUGCCCCUCGCCGUGGCGUCCAUGGCGCCGCUCUUCCUGUUCCCGGCCUUCGGCAUCUCCUCCGCCGACGCCGUCGCCAAGGCGUACAUGGACGACGUCAUCGCCCUCGUCCUCGGCAGCUUCAUCCUCGCCCUCGCCAUCGAGCGCUACCACAUCCACCGCCGCCUCGCUCUCAACAUCACGCUGCGGUUCUGCGGGGACCCGGUGCGGCCGUCGCUGCUGCUGCUGGGGAUCACCGGCACGACGGCGUUCGUCAGCAUGUGGAUCCACAACACGGCGUGCACGGUGAUGAUGAUGCCCGUGGCGACGGGGAUCCUGCAGCGGUUCCCGCGGGGCGGCGCCGGCCAGGGGGAGGAGGAGGACGAGGUGCGGCGCUUCUCCAAGGCGGUGGUGCUGGGCGUGGUGUACGCGUCGGCAGUGGGCGGGAUGGCCACGCUAACGGGCACCGGAGUGAACAUCAUCCUGGUGGGGAUGUGGUCGGCCUACUUCCCGGAGGAGCCCAUCACCUUCAGCUCGUGGAUGAGCUUCGGCCUCCCGAUGGCGCUGGUCAUGUUCUUGGCGCUCUGGGUCACUCUCUGCUUCAUGUACUGCUCCAACAACACCGGAAAGGCGCUCUCUUCCUACCUUGACGGAAGCCACCUCAGAAGGGAGCUCAGCUUGUUAGGUCCAAUGGCUUUCGCGGAGAAGAUGGUCUUGGCUGUGUUUGGGGGUCUAAUUGUGCUAUGGAUGACUAGGAACCUAACAGACGACAUUCCUGGGUGGGGAGUUCUCUUCCACGAUCAAGUUGGGGAUGGAACAGUCACGAUCAUGAUGGCCACGUUGCUGUUCAUAAUCCCGAGCGGGAAGAAGGAGGGCGAGAAGCUCAUGGACUGGAACAAGUGCAGGAAGCUCCAGUGGAACAUCGUGCUCCUCCUCGGCGCGGGCUUCGCCAUCGCCGACGGCUUCAGGACCAGCGGCCUGACCGGCAUCCUCUCGGACGGCCUCAGGUUCCUCGAGGGCGCGCCGACGCUGGUGAUCGUGCCCGUGGCCUGCGUCUUCAGCGGGGUCAUCACCGAGUUCAUGUCCGACGACUCCACCACCACGCUGGUGCUGCCCCUGUUCGCUGAGCUGGCCAGGUCCGUCGAGGUGCACCCGGCGCUGCUUAUGAUCUCCGGCGCGGUCGGGGCCCAGCUGUCGUACUUGUUUCCCACCGGGUCGCCGUCGAAUGUUGUCGGCUUCAGCACCGACCACAUCACCAUCAAGGAUCUGGUGGCCACUGGGCUGCCCCUCAAGGUCGUCGGAGUUGCAGCUCUGACGGUCUUGCUACCAACACUAGGAUCAGUGAUUUUUGGCAUGGACAACAAGUCCUAGCUAGGGACAUGGAUCAUGGAUGCAAGUUGUGGAACCUUUCAACCUUGGUCUGUCAGGAUACUGAGGUUGAACAGCAGUUUCAGCAUGUCAUGCCUCAUGACUGCACCUUGCUGCGGGUUCGGGAUAUGGUUUGUAUAGGAUUAAGCAAGCGGUUUUGUACAAUGUGCCUGUAUAAAUACUUAUAUGUAUUCUAAAUAUGCCCAAUGUGAUCAUAUUUUUGUA